AUGCAUCAAAAAGAAACAAUUUUAUCCCAUUGGGAGUGUGACCCGGCGCAGGGUCAGCUUAGCAAUGAGCCCAAUGUUUCGCUCAGGGGAGACGACCAGGCGCACACCGGAUUCUCAUUUACAUUCGAGGCUGUCCGCAAGAAUAUAUUCCGCACAACCUUCACUUCCGAAAGCCACCCUCUCCCACCUCACCCCAGCUCUGCGAAAAUUGCAACUGAUCUUACUGGCACCAGUGUUCUUGUAACCUCAUCCGACAAGGCAAAGGAGAUUCAGAUAGGCGAAGUCAGAGCAACCGUUGACUGGAAUUCCAACCCCCACGUUUCUAUCUCUCUCGCCAACGACCCCAGUGGGCAGGCUUUGCACUCAGAUUUGCCUGGCCGCUCAUAUGUCGCUGAUGGAACGGGUGUUGCACACUACUCCCGCUAUAAGAGGGAUUCACUUUAUAUCGGGCUGGGCGAGAAGGCGGCGCCAAUGAAUUUGUCUGGCCGCCGAUUCCAGCUUGCGGCUACAGACAGUUUUGGCUACGACGUCUAUCGUACAGACCCAUUGUACAAACACAUCCCACUCCUAAUCAACGCCACGCCUAAUGGUUGCGUUGCGCUCUUCUCCGCCAGCCAGGCAAGGGGCGAGUACACUGUUGGUUGCGAAAUGGACGGCAUGUGGGGGUUUUACAAGGCAUAUCGACAAAGCUACGGUGGACUGGAAGAAUACAUCCUCGUAGGUAGAACCCUCAAAGAUAUCGUCAAGGCUUAUGCCGACCUGGUUGGAUAUCCUCUUCUUGUCCCGCGGUGGGCAUUUGGAUACUUGGCAGGUGGUAUGAAGUACUCUAUGUUGGAUGAGCCGCGUGCUUCUAAUGCCCUACUUGACUUGGCUCGGAAACUGAAGCACCAUGACAUCCCAUGCUCCGCGUAUCAGAUGGCAUCUGGGUAUACAAUUUCGGAGAUACCUCCUAAGACUCGAAACGUUUUCACUUGGAACUACCAUCGAUUUCCAGACCCUGAAAGAUUUAUUUCUCAAUUCCGCCAGCAGGGUCUCCGGCUUGUGGCAAACGUGAAGCCGUAUAUCCUCGCUAGCCACCCCGAGUAUGAGAAACUAAAGGCAACAAACGGACUUUUCCAGGAUCCAUCGACGAAUACAACGGCAGUCACACAUCUGUGGAGCGCCGGUGGAGGAGAGAGUGAUGUAGGUGGUCACAUUGAUUUCACAUCAGAAGCUGGCUUCAAGUGGUGGUACGAAGGCGUCAAGAAGCUGCGGAAACAAGGCAUUGAGGGUAUCUGGAAUGACAACAAUGAGUAUACAAUCACUGACGACAAUUGGGAGUGUGGCCUCGAUAAUCAAUUGCUCCAAGUUCCGCAAACUCAUGAAAAGUCUCGGCAGGUUGGCGUCUGGGGACGCAGCCUCCACACGGAACUUCAUGGAAGAGCAUCUCAUGAUGCGUUGCUAGACGCGUCGCCGAACGAGCGUCCAUUCGUCUUGACACGUAGCGCAACCGCGGGCACAAUGCGGUACGCAUGUAGCACCUGGAGCGGUGACAACGUUACAAGCUGGGCUGGGAUGAAGGGCGCCAAUGCCCUCUCUCUCACAGCGGGCAUGUGUCUCAUGCAGUGCUAUGGUCACGACAUUGGCGGAUUCGAAGGGCCGCAGCCCAGUCCGGAACUGCUCGUCCGCUGGGUCCAACAAGGCAUUUACUCGCCUCGAUUUGCCAUCAACUGCUUCAAGACGGGCAGUGACAACAACGUAGGAGAAGUCAUCGAACCCUGGAUGUACCCGUCCGUUACCCCUCUGAUACGUAAAGCUAUAAAGAGGCGAUACGCUAUGAUUCCGUAUCUUUACUCGUUGAUGCUGGAAGGGCAUUUAGAAUCCACGCCCCCACAACGAUGGACAGGUUGGGGAUACGAGUCAGAUUCUGAAGUCUGGACUCCUGAGAUCAUGGACGGGGAAUCACAGUACUGGCUUGGAGAAUCCCUUCUCAUUGGAGGAGUUUUCCAGCCUGGCGCUCGAGAAGGCCGUGUUUACUUGCCCAAAGCCUCAGAGGAUGACGAGGGAUACAUUAACUUGAAUGCGCCCUAUCAAUAUCUAGCUGGUGGGCAAUGGGCAACUCUCGAUGCAGAAUGGCAUGGUUCAGGAAUACCAGUGCUUGGCAGGGUUGGAAAGGGCCUUCCGAUUGGGAAGGACGCCCAGGUACUCUCAGCCGGCGAGGUCCAGAAUGUUGCAAGCCUCCCAUUGGAUGACUACCGAGGAAUUGAGAUUUUCCCCCCUCAAGGUAGUUCCAAUGGCAAGUGGUUCGAUACUACAUGGCAUGAAGACGACGGUGUCUCAAUUGUCGAAAAGAAUAAGAUAUCUACGUUUACAAUAACCUACAGCACAACAGAGGAGGAUAUUAAGGUCAAGUUCUUCAGACAAGAGGAGUCUGGCUUUAUUGCACCGUGGGCCGAUCUUGACAUCAUUCUUCCCGUGGGAGAUCAGAGGCAAGUUAUUGCGGCUGAUAAUCGCAAGAUGGAGCAGCCUAUCUUAGAUGAAAAGGGCAGAAGACACUUCCAACUACAUUAG